AUGCGAGGAUGUCUGCAACCGGCCAGAUGGCUGACCACAGCUACCCUGCGGCGGCCACCGCUCUCCUACCCUCGACUACCCUUGCCUACCUCCAGCUAUAAAUCCAGCUAUAAACCACCAUCAUUUCCACGGUUGUUCCACAAUGCGCCAGUGUUCCGGUCUCGACAGUCGAACAAGCCUCUUUCACCCGUAGAGGAGCGGAUAGAUGCCAUUCCCAUUGAACGAUACCGCAACUUUUGCAUUGUGGCUCAUGUUGACCAUGGCAAAAGCACCCUGUCAGACCGACUGCUCGAACUGACAGGCACGAUCAAACCAGGAGAGAACAAGCAGGUACUCGACAAGCUGGACGUUGAACGUGAGAGAGGGAUUACAGUCAAGGCGCAGACGUGCACGAUGCUAUAUAAUUACAAAGGGGAAGACUAUCUGCUCCAUCUCAUCGAUACUCCCGGACACGUCGACUUUCGAACAGAGGUCUCUCGCAGUUAUGCCAGCUGCGGUGGAGCAUUACUUCUUGUUGAUGCAAGUCAGGGAAUCCAGGCGCAGACGGUUGCCAAUUUCUACCUUGCAUUUGCCCAGGGGUUGACGUUGGUGCCAGUUAUCAACAAAGUCGACCUUCCAUCUGCCGACCCAGAGCGAGCUUUAGAGCAGAUGAAAACCUCGUUUGAACUGGACGUGGACAAAGCUGUUAGGGUUUCUGCGAAGACUGGUUUGAAUGUCCAGGAGCUGUUGCCUGCGAUUGUUGAGAGUAUCCCGGCUCCUGUUGGUGAUAUUACGAAGCCCCCUAGGCUGCUCCUAGUUGACUCCUGGUACUCUAGCUACAAAGGAGUAAUCAUUCUUACUCGGGUUUUUGAUGGAGAGGUUAAGGCUGGCGACCAACUCGUCUCUUUUGCUACCGGCCUGAAGUACACUGUUGGCGAAGUUGGAAUCAUGUACCCAAAUCAAACCCCACAGACUGUCCUAAGAGCCGGACAAGUGGGCUACAUCUACUUUAAUCCUGGCAUGAAACGAAGUCAGGAGGCAAAGAUUGGUGAUACCUUCACAAAAGUCGGGUACGAGAACCAGGUCGAACCUCUACCAGGUUUUGAAGAGCCUAAGUCCAUGGUGUUCGUUGCAGCUUACCCCGUAGACUCCAAUGACUUUCACCAUCUCGAAGAGAGUAUCAACCAGCUGCUAUUGAACGACAGAAGUGUCACCAUGCAAAAGGAAUCAUCCGAAGCCCUUGGUGCAGGCUUUCGUCUGGGAUUCCUAGGGACGCUACACUGCUCUGUCUUCGAAGACCGUCUUCGUCAGGAACACGGUGCGAGCAUCAUCCUUACGCCACCAACGGUGCCAUGCAAAGUGAUAUGGAAGGAUGGCAAGGAGACAAUCUUCUCCAACCCAAGCCACUUCCCUGACGAAGAUACCCUCCGCGUCAAAGUCGCUGAACUACAAGAGCCAUAUGUUUUGGCCACCAUAACUUUCCCGGAAGAAUAUCUUGGUCGCGUCAUGGAGCUGUGCGAGGCCAACCGUGGUGAACAGGUCAGCAUGGAGUUCUUUACUGCCACCCAAGUUAUCCUCAAAUACCAGCUCCCACUCGCACAACUAGUCGAUGAUUUCUUUGGUAAGCUCAAGGGUUCAACCAAGGGCUAUGCCAGCAUAGACUAUGAGGAAUCUGAGUGGAGAAAAAGUAACGUUGUCAAGCUUCAAUUGCUUGUCAAUAAGACCCCAGUUGAUGCCGUCUCGCGCAUCGUCCACUCAAGCCAGGCCAACCGACUUGGCCGUCAAUGGGUGACUAAAUUCAAAGAACACGUUGAGCGGCAGAUGUUUGAAGUUAUUAUCCAGGCUGCCGUUGGGCGUAAUGUCUUGGCAAGAGAGACGAUCAAGCCGUACAGGAAAGAUGUACUAGCCAAACUUCAUGCCAGUGAUAUCACGCGACGGAAGAAACUUCUAGAGAAGCAAAAAGAAGGCAGGAAACGCCUAAAGGCAGUUGGCAAUGUUGUUAUCGAUCAUAAGGCUUUCCAAGCCUUCCUCGCAAAAUAA